AUGAGCCGCAUGGAGCUCCGACCGGCCGCGCUGCGGCGCAGGCCCGGCCGUUAUCGGGAGGACGACGGCCCGACCAGGGCCGAGCGUCCAGCGUUCGUGCAUCCCGAUGUGCCCUUCAAUGAACGCCUGGCCGAGUUCUGUGCGCACCCAACCCUGCCCCUGGACUACCCCGGCGUUGGGCCCGCCGAGGCAGAGAGACUUCGGCUCGCCGCGGUAGCAGCCGCCGGCGCGGAACAGGCAGACGUCACGGAUGACGAGCACCACAGUUCCGAAGAGGGAAGCAAAAAUGAUGAUGAUGACUCCGACCACGAGGGCGCUGGUGCCGUCACGAACCACGGCGCCGAGAGUCAGGAUCAGUCAGGCGAAGAGCGUGUUGUAGACGAAGGCCCGAGACCGGCGACUGGUGAUGGCCCGGUGGCGGCCUCCCAAUCUGUCGCCCCUGUCAAUCCCGACGUUGGACAAGGAAGACGCGCACGCCCGGCCUAUGUCGCGAACAUCCCCCGGCAGCAGCCGAGCAAGACCAACAGGAUCGGAGAGGCUCCCGCGUUCCCCCCCCCAGCUGCAACCCCCUCUCCGACGAUCUCCACGAACCCCCCAGAACAGCUCAACUGGUCCGACCUCUCAGAUGGCAUAAAAUAUGCCAUCGUCUUUGAGAUGACACGCGAGAUGCGCCUGAGCGAGGCCCUCCAGCAACUCAACCUGACCCAUGACGAGGUCCAGUCCUUCCUUGUCCUGGUCCAGAAGGAGAUCGAGAAAAUAGAGACGUGCGACGCCAACCUCGAGGAGCUGCUGGAUUUCGACGACCCUUCUGUCCGGGCCACCAUCGCUGCGCUUGCGCCCGUCACCGACCCGCUCACGGCCGCCGAAGUCCGCCGCGGCCGGUCGUACCUCCGCCUCCUCGGCAUCAACCACGUGGCCGCCAACCUUGGCCUCUGGGAGGGCACAGCGGGGACCUGGCACCGCAUCGACAUCGAUGAGGGCUGCCUGGAUCUCCUGGGCGUUGACAACCUCGGCGGCGUCGACCUCGUGAGCGGCAGCAGCAGCGACGUGAUGUCGAACAUGUCCGACGCCGAGCUGCUGGUCCGCCUGGACCCGCCGGCAAGGACGCUCAAUCCUCAGCGGUUGAGGUCCGGCGCGCCGCCCUCCGAGCGUGGCCGCGCCUGCGACCUCCAGCGCGUGCCGAAGUCCGGGUCCUUGCACCCGGCGAAUUAUGUGCAUAGCGCCAAGAGCGGUAGGUCUUACUCCAUUCUGGACAAGUCGGAUUGGCCGCAGUGGGAGGCGCUGCACGACGCGGGCAUCAUCCCGCAGACGGUUUUGACCGUGGCGACGAUGCAGUCGCAGGUGCCCAACGAGGUCUGGUACCUCAGCGGGGAGGAAGCGGAGGCCAUGGACGUCGACCGCCCGGAGGAGUUGCUCGGUUCGCUGCCGGCGCCCGACCAGGGCUUCAUCGACGCGGUUGUCGGGCCGGAGCCUUCCCCCGGUAGUGCGCAGGGUAACGAGUCCCAGAACCCCUAG